CUAUAUAUAAAGGUACCUACGUAUAAAAUGAUGUUCAGUCCGAAGCAGUUAUUGCUAAACGCGGUCGUUCGUCUCACUCAAAAAGUAAAACCCAGGCAUCCGGUAUGGCUCCAGUCUACAAAUUAACUUACUUCCCGGUCAAGGCUUUGGCCGAGCCGACUAGAUUCUUGCUGAAGUACGGUGGAUUGGAAUUCGAAGAUGAGCGUUUCGAGCGCGAGCAAUGGCCACAAAUCAAACCAACUAUGCCUUUCGGUCAAGUCCCAGUGCUGAGCGCCAAGGGAAAGCAGUACCACCAAAGCAUCGCCAUGGCCCGUUUCUUCGCCAAGCAAGUGAAACUUGUUGGUAGCGACGAGUGGGAGGAUCUGGAAAUCGACUCGAUGGUCGACACUGUCAACGAUUUGAGACAGAAAAUCGCUGUUUACUCCUACGAGCAAGAUGCCGCCAUCAAGGAGAGCCGCAAAGGUCCGCUGAUGAACGAAACCCUUCCAUACUACUUGGAGCGUUUGGACAAGAUCGCCAAGGAAAACAACGGUCAUUUAGCUUGCGGAAAAUUGACUUGGGCUGACUUUUACUUCGUGGCCCUUUUGGAUUAUCUCAACUACAUGACCGAGUCCGAUUUGACAGCCAAAUACGAGAACUUGGAAGCCGUCAAGAACAACGUGCUUUCCAUCCCGGCCAUCAAGGAGUGGGUCGAGACUCGCCCCAAGUCCGAUCUGUAAUUUUCUGCUUUCCAACUACGAAACGUCUACUUUUAAUAUUAUUUUUUUAUAUGUAUUUCGUUCUGCUAUUCAUUUUAAUGAUGUCUAUUUACAUUUAGAAAAUGUAUCGUCUGCGCUAUAAUAAACUAUAUUAGUAA